AUGUUGGGUUUGAAGGAGAGCGAUGCGGAUACUUAUGCCCAGCUCACCACCCGAUCAUUGCGCCCAGUCGGGCCAACAGAUUCAGGCCUCGCCAACCAGCAGAUGGGCCAAAUUUUCUCUCGUCCACCGGGGAACCGCGAUCUCUUCUGGCUCGUCCCGCCCGCGGUUGAAGCUCGCCGCCGCCGCCGACACCGCCGCCGGAGGAAAGCAAGAAAUCAGUCCAAUUUCAAACCAAGCAGCAACGGAUCGAGGAGGAACGGCCGCACCAAACACCCCACCACCUGCUGCCACGAAGCCAGUUUUUGGCCUGAUUAUUCCAUGCCGACUUCACCCUUCAACCUGGAGCAGGACCCGACGCACUGGUCCGUCAUGCCGGACCUCACCCAGCCCGCCGACGCCGCCCGCGGCCCGCUCAACACCUGGAUCAUCGAAGACGUCCAAGUCCGCAAGGUCAUCCACAUCGACAAGCCCGACGGGCCCUCUUCAUACAUGCCCUCUUCUCCCCCCUUCCCUCCCCCGAACACCAACCCAACCACCGCCGCCGCCAGCGGCACCGUCCCGUCAGCCUUCCCCACCCCCAGCGCCCAGAACAGCAACAGCAGCACCAAGUGCAGGACCACCUCCGCCCCCAGAGCCAUGCCGCCCACCGGUUCCUGCACGGUGUGCAAGGACCACCACUUCCACCCCGCUCGCGCCGCGCUUCACCCACAGAUCCCCACCGCCAACAACGCAGACCGCACCACCACCACCUCUCGCGUCACCAGCGCCACCCUCGGCCUGGACCCCUCCAGCUACUACCGCGACCGCGUUCAGGACGCCACCGACUCGCUUGAGCGGCAGGCGCUGCGGGAGCAGCAGCGGCGGGAGGCGGAGUUGCGCGAGGAGCGGGAGCGCGAACGGCGAGUGAGGCUUGAACUGGAGCGGGAGCGAGCAAGGCUUGAAGUGGAGCGCGCGGCGGCCGUAGCGGAGGAGGUUCGAAGGGUGCGCGAACGGCUGGAGCGUGAGCGGGCCGAGGCGGCGGAGAGGGAGAGGGCGGCGCGGGAGCAGGCGGCGCGCGAGGCCGAGGUGAAGACGCAGACAAAGCAGCGCGAGCUGGAGGCGGCCGCGGCCCGCGCGAGGAGGGCCAGGGAAUUGGAGGAUGCCGCGGUUGCGCGGGCCGUGGAGGAGUCGAUUCUUAGCGAGGCGGCGAGGAGCCUGAAGGUGGCGGCGGAGGAGGAGGAGAGGGGGAGGAAGCGGGUUGCCGCGGCGGCGGCCGCCGCCGCCAGGGAGAAAGCGAUGAUGGAGGCUGAGGCCGUGGCGAUGGAGGAGAGACUGUGGCGAUUGGUGGGACGGAAGCAGGAGUGGGGUGGGUUGAGGAUGGCCGGCGGGCUGGCCGAGCAUGGCGGCUUAUUCGGCCCGGCACUGCGCCCGUUGGGACCGAGACUGGCCGACUUGCGGACGCUCGAUGAUCAUGGCGGGAAGCACAUGCCGUCUUCGCCCUCAGCGGCGUCGCCCUUGGCCGGCUGCGCUGGUCAUAAGGGACCGGUGCGCCAGUCGUCCGAGUCGACAUGGGCCAAUUCCCCUACGUCGAUCUCUUCCGGUCCCACUCUCCGGGCCAGCAGCUCGACGAGCGAGGCAUUUGGGCUCGGCCCCUGGGAUCGAGAACUCGACAUCGGCCGACUCGGUGAGACCGAGGCGCACAUCUGGCGCAAUGGGCGGGAGGAUGGCUGGGGGUGGCGCGAGACUACCACCGAGCGCCACGAGACCAUCAUCUGCCGCGAGGAGGGACGCAACGGAGUAGGUUGCUGCUGCAGGGACGUCUCCAAGCCCACCUCGGGUUUUCUGUGA